AUGUUGAUCGAAUUCUUCUGGGUUUUUCCUGUGAUCUCUGCAUCAACAUGGCUAACUAUGCUUUCUGCGAUGUUAACACAUUGGGUGGUUAUUGGAGAGCCAAGAUUCGGCAGGAUGAAGCCCGAGCAGACUAUACCCUUCAUCUCUGACAUUGGCGCACAAGAAUUGAAGCCGUUGUUCAUGAUUGGAAGCAUCAUCACCAUGCUAUUCAUGAACAUUUCGUUCUACCAAUUCUUGCAGUAUAAAGAACAUGUCAACAAAAUUUGCAUGUACCUGUCAUUCCUUUUUGCAAUCUUUGGAAGCCUUGGAUUGGUCAUGUUGUCUGUCUUCGACAACCUUGAUCACUUAAUAUUGCACGAUAGCUUUGUCGCUGUUUUCAUGACGGGCUACUUGGUCAGUGCAGCCGUAAUAUGCGUAGACUAUUUCUAUCUGGGCAGAUCCAGUCGCGUGAACAAACGCAUGCUCAUGGCGAGUUUUGUGAUCAAGGUGUCUUUUGUCAUUGUGGAGCUGGCCUUCAUUUUGGCAUUUCGAAUUACUGCUGCACAAGGAACCAUUGAGAAGAACACAGCAGCUAUCCUUGAAUGGGUCAUUGCCUUUACAUUCACUGGUUAUAUACUUUCUUUUAUCAUCGAUUUACUACCGUCAACUCACAAAAAUUCGGUCUCGAGGCAUGAGUAUCAACAGCUGGAGAUGGAUAUGAACUCUUCGAGGCUGAUGAUCUGA